UCGUACACAACUAACCUUACCCCCAACCCGACGACCGAUUUUUUAAUCCAACUUUUUUUGUGCGUUGCUUUCACUGUGAAUUUUACCCUAAAAACCCCUCUCUCGCUCCCAUCGAAAUUCUCAUCUCCGGCGGUGCUUUCGAAUCUGUGUAUGGCUGCGGAAAGCAGAACUGCCGCCGCGUAGGUAGCCAGAUUCAAUUCCAAUUCUGAUUUCUGAUUAUGCCCGUCAAUUCGAAAUUUGGCAAUCCUCCCCAAACCCCCCCUUUUUCUCAUCAAAAGGAUCGAAUUUUUAUGAGGACAAAGCGGUAUGAUGUUUAGGACGUACGGCCGCAGGGGUAGGGGAUUGGAAAGGAGUUAUUCUGGGGGGAAUAGCUUCGGGGAUGGAGGUUCGGAUUACUCUUCCCAAGAAUGCCCUCAAGAUGUUUACGAUUUCGGUUUUCCGUCUCAAGAUUCCACUCAAUGUCACUGGGCAGAUCCCUACAGUUUCGAUUCGUCGGAGGAGUCGAAGCAGUUGGAAUUCCUGCCUUCAAGAAAGGGCGAGGGUCGCGGCGCCGGCGCCGGCGCCGGUAGCGGUUCUACGAAAAUGAAGAAAGCGAAAAAGGUUGAAUUUAAUUCGGAGCCUUUUGGGGCGAGUUCGUCCCAAGAAUUGAAGGAGCUCGAGGUUUUGGAGAUUUCCGGAGGGGAUUUUCAGAAAUCUAAGAAGUUGAAGAAAGAAAAUUUCGAUCCUUUCGAGUACAAUUCAUCUGAGGAUGAUUUGAUGGUUCUGCCACAGGGCAAGAGCACUGGGAAUAAGGCUUUUGAAUUCUCCAAACAUGAGAAUUUAUGCAAAUCGAAGAAGUCAAAAAACAGUGAUUCUGAUUUGUAUGUCUUGAAUUCGUCACAGGAGUGGACUGAUUUGGGGAAUCGUCCUCUGAGUAAGAGUAAGGAUAACAAGGAUUGCAGGGAAGUGAAAAAGGGUUUGGGGAAAUCCAAGAAAAAAGAUAUGGCAGAAAAUGGGGUUUUGCCAAAGAGGAAGAAGAAAAAGAAAGUGAUGAAACCUAAAGAGCCAGAGCCUAGUUAUGUAGAGCUUACCACUACUCUGAUGGAGACUCAAGAGUUCGGAGAGAUGAUGGAGCACGAGGAUGAGGUUAAUUUUGCAUUGGAUGGGUUGAAGAAGGGACAGCCAGUUAAGAUUAGGAGGGCAAGUCUCUUAUCAUUGUUAUCAAUUUGUGGGACGAUGCAGCAGAGACGGCUCUUGAGGGUUCAUGGGAUGGCCAAAACUAUCAUUGAUGCUGUUUUGGGACUCAGCCUUGAUGAUCCUCCAAGCAACCUAGCUGCUGCUGCUUUAUUUUACAUUCUGACAAGUGAUGGUCAAGAUGAUCAUAUUCUAUAUUCAGCAAAUUGCAUCCGGUUUCUCAUAAAAUUGUUGAAGCCAGUUACAUCCAGUGUCACCAAGAAUAAAUCACUGCCAAUUGGUAGUAAGCUUCUAGGCCUGUGCAAGAAUGCUGGUUUAUUGCAAGAGUCAGCCAAGGGAACAGAUUCCAGCUCUACUGAAAUCAUGUCGAAAGUUCGAGAGAUCCUUGUUAGUUGUAAGGAGAUAAAACCAAGAGAUGAUAGUGAUCGCAGCACGAAUGAUCCUGAGUUGAAUCCUAAAUGGAUUAGUUUGCUAACGAUGGAGAAAGCUUGCUCUUCAAAUCUGUCUAUGGAAGACACCUCUGGUUUUUCACGGAAAUCUGGAGCCAACUUCAAGGAAAAACUCAGAGAAUUUGGAGGACUUGAUGCAGUGUUUGAAGUGGCAAGAAAAUGCCAUCAUGUAAUCGAGGAAUGGUUGGAAAAGAGUUCCACUUUUGAUUUGGAUUCAAAGGAUAUUUCGGGGCUAGAGAGCCUAGUGCUGCUUUUGAAAUGCCUAAAGAUCAUGGAAAAUGCCACUUUCCUUAGCAAAGACAACCAGUGCCAUUUGCUUGAGAUGAAAGGAGAGAUUGAUGGCCAUCUAGCUACACGUUCUUUCGUCAAGCUUGUUCUCGGUUUCAUUAAGAUUCUCUCAGGUGUUUUCCUACUCAGAAGCUCUUUGAGCAGUUCCACCAAUGAAAAGACAGGCAGUCUUUCUGAUGGAGCCUGCCAUUUGAGACCUUUCAAGUCUACUCCGGCAGCAACCGAACUCUCCGCUGAUCCUUUAUCACUAAAAAUGAGAAUUGAUUCUUCUGAAGCAGGAUCCUGCAGUGGAAUGUCCCAGAACUCAAAUCACAAAGCUCUCAUUAGUAGUAAUGACUCACUGGUGGAAUUUGGGGCAGAAAAGAGGCAGCAGCUAUUAUAUUCGAAUUCUGAAACUAUGGGGGACACUCAGGAUCCAUUUGCUUUUGACGAGGAUGAACUUGAACCCUCGAAGUGGGAUUUACUAUAUAGCGGUGGUGUAAAGAACUCCUUUUCUCAAGAAAGCAGGGGUACAGUGAGUGGAUAUAAAGAUGAAAGAGUGAGUGGAUAUAAAGAUGAGAGCCGCUUGAUGCUCGUAGAAAGCCAACAAGAAUCGAACCACAUCGAAGAUCACCUUACUCAAGAGGUCCCUUGCUCUUCAGAUGUCAAUGAUGGCGUGUCCAGCCUCCUGGCAGAUUGUCUUCUUACAGCCGUAAAGGUUCUAAUGAACUUGACAAACGAUAACCCUGAGGGCUGUCGACAAAUUGCAACUCAUGGGGGAUUAGAAAUCCUGGCAUCUCUGAUUGCUGGUCAUUUUCCAUCCUUUGGUUCAUCUUUGUCACGCUUUGAUGACGGAAUGGAUGAUAGUUUGUCAUCUAAGUCAAGUCCUAGGUUCGACCAAUUGAGCAGUAUAACUCUAACCGAUCAAGAGCUGGACUUUCUUGUUUCCAUUUUGGGCUUGCUCGUGAAUCUGGUGGAGAAGGAUGGACGCAACCGAUCUCGACUUGCAGCAGCUAGUGUUUCAGUACCUAACCCGGAAGGCUCUGACUCGGAAUGUCAAAGUGAUUUGAUUUCUCUACUAUGCUCAAUCUUCUUGGCCAAUCAAGGCAGCGGCGAGGCUGCUGAAGAGGAGAAAACCUUUUCCUUGGAGGACGAAGAGUCCCUAUUACAGGGACAGAAAGAAGCCGAGAAAAUGAUAGUCGAAGCUUACGCAGCUCUUCUUCUUGCAUUUCUUUCGACAGAAAGCAAGAGCAUACGAAACUCCAUUGCUGAAUGCCUGCCCGAACACAAUCUCAAAAUCCUUGUCCCCGUCAUCGAGAGAUUUGUGGAAUUUCAUAUGACACUGAAUGUGAUAUCAGCUGAGACACACAGUGCUGUUCUUGAAGUGAUUGAAUCUUGCAGAAUGCCAUGAGAAAAAUAUAUAUAUAUAUAAAUAUAUAUAUAGACUUUUUUGUACAGCCUUAAGAAUCUUAAAAAAAAAAAAAAAAAAAGGGAAUUGGAAAACAAGAUUAUUUUUCACACACUGUUGAUGCCAUAUUUGUUGUUAGAAUGAGCCUCAAAAGAAGAAUCCUUAUUUACUUUGUCAUUUGUCUCUGCUGUUUUUGAUUGUAUAAUUUUUGCUGUUUAGUUAAUUAAUUCAUAAAUAAUAGUAGUAUUUUGUUUUUCAGAUAUUGAAUACCAAAAUGUUUUUCA